AAUAAUUAAGUGUAGCUCAAGAGCUACCUGCAGCCUUGGCCAUUCAAAACAAAUGAGAGGAUAGGGGGAGGAGAGAAGGAACAGGUGCAGAUCAGAUAGCUCCUUCUUGGGAUCUGAUAGAGAGGGAGGGUUUCCUUUCCUCAUUAGAAGAACUCCAAUGAUCUGUGGAAUGACCACUACAGUAUCCUUUUAAAUUUUCACCCACAAGACAAAGCCAGUAUGCAGUGAAAUGAGGAAAUGCCUUUAAGUGAAGAGAUUUUUAUUCCUUUCAUAAACUGCUCAAGCCAUGAUUGGAUGGAGGUCCUCCAGGUAAUUCCAUGGACUUUAACAAGUCUAUUGAAUAACUGCGUUUGAGUUGGAAGCUGAGUUGCCUGAACACAAACGAUUUAAAGAAGAUUAGAAAGCGUCUACAUGCAGAGCUCAAUAGCACACUUGGAAUCUUCUUGGGAGGACCCACGGAUUGUACCUAUAUUACUUUUGACCCAGGUGGAUGCAGUCACUCUCUAGAAGCCUCCCCGACUUCAGAUGUGUGGCACACAUCCACCCAGGGGUGUAGGUAGGAGAAGCCCACAAGAAUGGCUCUGCAGAUGUUCGUGACUCUCAGUCCUUGGAAUUGUUUGCUACUGCUAGUGGCUCUUGAGUGUUCUGAAGCAUCUUCUGAUUUAAAUGAAUCUGCAAAUUCCACUGCUCAGUAUGCACCUAACGCUUGGUUUGCUGCUGCCAGCUCAGAGCCAGACGAGAGGAUAUCUGUUUUUGAACUGGAUUAUGACUACGUGCAAAUUCCUUAUGAGGUCACUCUCUGGAUACUUCUAGCAUCCCUUGCAAAAAUAGGCUUCCACCUCUACCGCAGGCUGCCGGGCCUCAUGCCAGAGAGCUGCCUCCUCAUCCUGGUGGGGGCGCUAGUGGGCGGCAUCAUCUUCGGCACCGACCACAAAUCGCCUCCGGUCAUGGACUCCAGCAUCUACUUCCUGUAUCUCCUGCCACCUAUCGUGCUGGAGGGCGGCUACUUCAUGCCCACCCGGCCCUUCUUUGAGAACAUCGGCUCCAUCCUGUGGUGGGCAGUACUGGGGGCCCUGAUCAACGCCUUGGGCAUUGGCCUCUCCCUCUACUUCAUCUGCCAGGUGAAGGCCUUUGGCCUGGGCGACGUCAACCUGCUGCAGAACCUGCUGUUCGGCAGCCUGAUCUCCGCCGUGGACCCCGUGGCCGUGCUGGCUGUGUUUGAGGAGGCGCGUGUGAACGAGCAGCUCUACAUGAUGAUCUUCGGGGAGGCCCUGCUCAAUGACGGCAUUACCGUGGUCUUAUACAAUAUGUUAAUUGCCUUUACAAAGAUGCAUAAAUUUGAAGACAUAGAACCUGUGGACAUUUUGGCUGGAUGUGCCCGAUUCGUCAUUGUGGGGCUUGGAGGGGUAUUGUUUGGCAUCGUUUUUGGAUUUAUCUCUGCGUUUAUCACACGUUUCACUCAGAAUAUCUCUGCAAUUGAGCCACUCAUCGUCUUCAUGUUCAGCUAUUUGUCUUACUUAGCUGCUGAAACCCUCUAUCUCUCCGGCAUCCUGGCAAUCACAGCCUGCGCGGUAACAAUGAAAAAGUACGUGGAAGAAAACGUGUCCCAGACGUCAUACACGACCAUCAAGUACUUCAUGAAGAUGCUGAGCAGUGUCAGCGAGACCUUGAUCUUCAUCUUCAUGGGCGUGUCCACCGUGGGCAAGAAUCACGAGUGGAACUGGGCCUUCAUCUGCUUCACCCUGGCCUUCUGCCAAAUCUGGAGAGCCAUCAGCGUAUUUGCUCUCUUCUAUAUCAGUAACCAGUUUCGGACUUUCCCCUUCUCCAUCAAGGACCAGUGCAUCAUUUUCUACAGUGGUGUUCGAGGAGCCGGAAGUUUUUCACUUGCAUUUUUGCUUCCUCUGUCUCUUUUUCCUAGGAAGAAAAUGUUCGUCACUGCUACUCUAGUAGUUAUAUACUUUACUGUAUUUAUUCAGGGAAUCACAAUUGGCCCUCUGGUCAGGUACCUGGAUGUUAAAAAAACCAAUAAAAAAGAAUCCAUCAAUGAAGAGCUUCAUAUUCGUCUGAUGGAUCACUUAAAGGCUGGAAUCGAAGACGUGUGUGGGCACUGGAGUCACUACCAAGUGAGAGACAAGUUUAAGAAGUUUGAUCAUAGAUACUUACGGAAAAUCCUCAUCCGAAAGAACCUACCCAAAUCAAGCAUUGUUUCUUUGUACAAGAAGCUGGAAAUGAAACAAGCCAUCGAGAUGGUGGAGACUGGGAUACUAAGCUCUACAGCUUUCUCCAUACCCCAUCAUAACGAUUCCAGGGCCCAGAGGAUACAAGGAAUCAAAAGACUUUCCCCUGAAGAUGUGGAGUCCAUGAGGGACAUUCUGACAUCCAACAUGUACCAAGUUCGGCAAAGGACCCUGUCCUACAACAAAUAUAACCUCAAACCCCAAACAAGUGAGAAGCAGGCUAAAGAGAUUCUGAUCCGCCGCCAGAACACCUUAAGGGAGAGCAUGAGGAAAGGCCACAGCCUGCCCUGGGGAAAGCCGGCUGGCACCAAGAAUGUCCGCUACCUCUCCUUCCCCUACGGGAAUCCUCAGUCUGCGGGAAGAGACACAAGGGCUGCUGAGUUCUCAGAUGAUGACAGCUGCGAUCCACGAUCCCCAUCCAUCACGUUCAGCGCACUCUCUCGGAUAGGGUCGCUUCAGAAACAAGAGGCACAAGAAAUAAUCCCGAUGAAGAGCCUACACAGAGGAAGGAAGGCAUUCAACUCUGGUUAUCAAAGAAACACAAGCCAAGAAGAGUACUUGGGUGGAGUAAGGAGGGUGGCUUUAAGGCCCAAACCUCUGUUUCAUGCAGUGGAUGAGGAGGGUGAGUCUGGAGGCGAGAGUGAGGGCAAGGCCUCUUUGGUCGAGGUUCAGUCGAGGUGGACAGCUGACCGUGGACACGGCAGGGACCAUAACAGGUCCCACAGUCCUUUGCUCCAAAAAAAGUAGUGUUAUUGUCCACAAGAUUGUUUUGGUGUUUCUCAAGAGUCUAUCUUCCUGUGACUGUGAAAGAAGGAUUUCUGGAAUUCAGAAUAGAGCUAUUGAGUUUGCCAUUCUGAAGCUGUUAGACAUCGAUCUAUAAGCAGCAGGAAGAUUUUUUCCAAGGACUGGGAGCAAACUUGCAGGCUCUUCCAUGUCCUUAGUGUGGGAUACCUUUAGAUGAAUUCCCGGUGAGUGAGAGAAGUUAAUCACCCCAGGAAUUAGACACUAAGAAUUCCUAAGAACUUUCUAUCACAAGCAUCGGAUCCAAGCCAUAUAUUGAAAUACAAAUGUGAUUGGUCAGUAAUUCAGAUUGCCAAUAUAUAUAUGCAACUUAUAAUCCAAUUAGAACUAGAAGAGCCUUUGAAGUCACCUGACUCAGCCCCCUGUGUUUAUAGAAAAGGACAUGUAGUCCCUGUGAACUAUGGUGAGUUCAUAGUCGGAUUGCCCUCCCUCCAAAGUGAAACUGAUUUGAUUUUGAUUUCAUAUUCAAUAUGCAAUAAUUGUGUUUUAUCAGAGAUAAAAAUUUGUUAUGAAUUUGUUUUAUUUAGUCAGUAGCAAUGACAGAUGUGAUACACACUAUAGGAUUAAUCUGCGAACAAUGGGGUUAUGGUCUAUUUCAUAUUUGGAAUAUUUAUUUUAAAAAUGAACAUUAGAAACAAAACAGCCAUAAACAGAGUUUAAUAGCAAUGACAUCAACAACACGUAUUUAUUAGGGGUGCAUUUGUAGGGUGUGACAUUUUACCCUAGGGUAUAAAGCUAUUUUUCAACUUCAUUUUCCAUUCCCAUUAUCUCUGAAUUUGACCUUGAAUCUCACACUCCAGCUCUUCAAUUUUACUCACCUGUUGUCUUCUCUUCUGGCCACCAGUAGGUUAACAAACAUUUAUCAAGCAUUGUUAUUGGGCGAAAUGAAAAUGACUAAUGCAACUAACCAAAUACCCUUUUGCCAUCACUGUUUUUGGCAUCUCUACCAUCCUCAGCUUAUUUAAUCUUAUAUGUCUUUAAAGGCCAUGAUCAAGGGCAUCCUCCAUCCCUAGACCAGCCUUUACCUUCUCCCUUGGUGCCCCACAUCCCUUUGGAUAUGCUAUAUGCCUUAUCUGUGAAUUAUGUCUAUUCAUACACACGUAGGUCUGUUCCGGUAGUCAGUGGGCUGAAGGACAGGGAGGACAGUUUGUUCAUUUUAAAUUUUAUCCAUUUAUCUGUUGUGUUUUUUAUCUCACCCCUUUACCUAUUUUGUAUUUUUUGGCUUUUUUUUUCAUCUUUUUCUGUUAUCGGUUAUCACAGUGCCUUGUGCAUGGUAGAUUAUAAAUGUUAAACUGACAAUAGUGUUUUAGAUCUGUAAUGGGCAUUUGAAAAGGCAUAAUCAGGCAUUUUCAUUUUGUAGAUGAUAAAAAUGAGGUCUUGAGAUGCUCUCUGAUGCCAACUCAGAGUUUGUUUUUCCUUGAGGGAUGCUUGCUUGUCCUCUAAUAUAACCCGUGGAUGCUAGUUACUAAAGACAUGUGCUUUCUCCUGAAUGUAUCUUUUUUUAUGACUUGAACUCAUUUUCCUGCUGCAGUGGUAGAAAGGCCAUCAAAGAAGCCCAUUUGUCUUUCUCCUUCCAAACCUGAAAUAUAAAGCUGCUUCUAAAUUGUCUAAAUAUCUUGAUUUUAAUAAAAAUUACACGCUAUCAAGUAACAGUAAUCAGCCUAAAGGGAUAGAAGCACACAUAAAACUCAGGAAUCUUUGGUUUUGUCCUUGGUUUUUUGUUUGUUUGCUUGUUUGUUUUUUGUUUUGU